AUGGCCGACGAACAGAGCAAGAAGCCGGCCGUCCUGAUCGUUGGUGGUUUAGGAUUUAUCGGUCGCCAUCUCGCUCUCUACCUGCAUGAAAAUAACUUGGCCUCGGAAGUCCGACUAGUUGACAAGGUCCUGCCUCAGCUGGCGUGGUUGGCCCCUGAGUUCCAGGAAGCUUGCUCAAAAGAUAAAUUCGUCCAGGCUGAUGCCAGCCGUGAACAGCACUUCCCUCGUAUCUUUGACCGUGCCAAUGGUGAACAAUUUGAUUAUGUGAUCAACUGUGGAGGGGAAACCAGGCAUUCGCAACCCGAUGACGUCUACGAAGUCCGCAGCUACGCCCUCACUGUCGCCCUGGGUCGCGAAGUCGCCCGCCGAGGUAUCCGCUCUUUCGUUGAGUGCUCAACCGCUCACGUCUACAAGGGCGGCUCAAGUCCGCGUAAGGAAGAUGACAAGCUGCAGCCGUGGCACAAGCUGGCCAAGUGGAAGAUGAAGGCCAGCGAGGAGCUGCAAAAGAUUCCAGGUCUUAACUACUGCUUGCUUCGUCUGCCCCACGUCUACGGAGAAUACGACUCGGGCUACUUCGCAAUGGGAAUCUGCCUUGCUCGCGUUCACCUGGAGCUGGAGAAGGAUCUGGAGCUUCUUUACACUAAGGAUCUGAAGAUCAACACCGUAUAUGUCAGGGACGCGGCCAGCGCCUUGUGGAAAGCGGCUGAAUGGAGAGCAAGCGCUCCCACGGACGGUUCAGCGCCCCUUGCAUUCAACGUGGUCGACCACGGCAAUACUCGUCAGGAAGAUAUCGCACAGGCUCUGUCCGAGGUCUUCAAGCUCAAGUGUGACUUUUUGGGUUCUCUAGCUUCCCAGUUUGCGAAACUGAACCUCGACGAUGUUGUAGAUGACAUGAACGAGGAAUGCUUACAGGGGUGGGCUGAUUUGCUCGAAGAGAAGAAGAUUGAACGGCCUGGGCCCAUUGGCCCGUUCCUGGAAAAGGAUGUGCUGAAGGACCAAGACAUGUGUCUGGAUGGGACGCUAUUCGAGACGACCACUGGGUGGAAGCCAUCCCGAGAGCGCUUCAACGCUGAUGCCGUACGAGAUAUGGUUGACAGUUACAAGCGAAUGGGCUGGUGGCCAUAG